AUGAAUCUCGAUAAUUCAUCGAGAGAAAAUUCAGAAGCUUUGGAUUCCAUUGGUACUGUCAGUCCCAGAGAAAAAUAUCACAGUAUGAGGGAAAAAAAACUAUCAACUGCGUCAUUGACUAAUACUGAGGGAGCCCGUCCAAAAGUGGUUACUGUCAAGCACCCUGAAUCAAAUAAGCCUAAACCGACCGCUAAAAAGAACAAACCAAUCCAAGCUGAUUUGGAUGUUAUUAAAGAGUUCAUGCGAUGCCGUGAUGAAGGAGUUAAGCGACUUGAUCUUAGCAAAUCUUCUAUUACUUCAUUACCUCCAAAUGUUAGAGACCUGACACAUUUGGUGGAGUUUUAUUUAUACGGAAAUAAAUUAGUUGCUCUUCCUGCGGAAUUUGGUUGCCUAACAAAUUUGCAAACUCUAGCUUUGAAUGAAAAUUCUUUGACAAGCUUACCUGACUCUCUUGCUAAUUUAAAGUGUCUGAAAGUAUUAGAUUUACGACACAAUAAGUUAAGUGACAUUCCUGAUGUUGUCUACAGAUUGACAUCAUUAACAACACUUUUUCUUAGAUUUAAUAGAAUUCGGGUUGUAGGUGAUGGUAUUGCCAAUCUGACAAACUUAACUAUGCUCAGUUUAAGAGAAAAUAAGAUCAAGGAAUUAUCAUCUGGAAUUGGUAAGUUGGUUAAUUUGGUAACAUUUGAUGUUUCCCAUAACCACUUAGAACAUCUGCCUCAAGAAAUUGGUUAUUGUGUUAAUUUAUCAACUUUAGAUCUGCAACACAAUGAAUUAUUGGAUAUUCCAGAGACAAUAGGAAACUUGCAUUUUCUGUCUCGGUUAGGUUUACGAUAUAAUAGACUAACAGGUAUUCCUGCAACAUUGAGUAAUUGCAAGAAUAUGGAUGAAUUCAAUGUUGAAGGUAAUUCCAUAUCUCAGCUUCCUGACGGACUUCUUGCCAGUCUUAAUGAAUUGACUAGUAUUACUUUAUCUAGGAACUCUUUUAUGAGUUAUCCUUCCGGUGGUCCUGCUCAAUUUACUAAAGCAUUUUCCAUAAAUCUGGAGCACAACCAAAUUGACAAAAUUCCAUAUGGUAUAUUUUCUAGAGCCAAGAAUUUAACUAAGCUUAAUAUGAAAGAAAAUUUGCUUACAUCUCUACCUCUUGAUAUAGGUACUUGGAUAAACAUGGUUGAGCUUAACUUAGGCACUAAUCAGUUGACUAAAUUACCUGAUGAUAUUCAAUGUCUGCAAAAUUUAGAGGUAUUAAUAUUAUCUAAUAAUUUAUUAAAACGUAUUCCACCCAGCAUUGGUAGUCUAAGGAAGCUUAGAGUUUUGGACCUGGAAGAAAACAAACUUGAAGUUCUGCCAAAUGAAAUAGGUUUUUUACAUGACUUGCAAAAAUUAAUUGUGCAAUCCAAUCAGCUGACUUCAUUACCUCGCUCCAUUGGGCAUUUGAUCAAUCUUACAUUUUUGAGUGUUGGUGAAAAUAAUCUACAGUAUUUACCAGAAGAGAUUGGUACUUUGGAAAACUUGGAGUCAUUAUAUUUGAACGACAAUCCAAAUUUAUGUAACUUACCUUUUGAAUUAGCUCUUUGUGUCAGCUUACAAAUAAUGAGUAUUGAAAAUUGUCCAUUGACUGCUAUCCCUCCUGAAGUUGUUUCUUCAGGGCCAUCAUUAGUCAUCCAAUAUUUGAAGUCUCAAGGUCCAUAUAGGGCUAUGUGA